UGUGGGGGUGUGGGGUGUGUUUAGACCUCCCUCAGUAAGAAUCCCUAAUAAAGCCUGAGCAUCACCGCGUUACACAAACACAAAAUACACGCAGAACGAGUUGACAUUCGACUUUGAGAAACGAAUUACCUCGUUUCUUUCCCGAUAUAUCAACGAACGCAGGCAGAAUGUCCAACAACGCUGAGGUCGAUAUGAAGGACGUGGAGCUGAACGAAGUGGAUCCGGAAAGACAGCCAAUGACCGCCGGAAAUGGCGACGCUAGCUCAGCACUGGCUGUGACAAAUGGCAUCGUGAAAGUCAAGAUUCCUGACGAGCAGGAAUCCAAAUUUACUGGGCUGUCUAAGGAGGAGCUUUUGAAAGUUGCUGGAACUCCAGGCUGGGUGCGAGCUAGAUGGAUACUCCUCAUUUUCUUCUGGCUCGGUUGGCUGGGGAUGCUUGCUGGUGCCAUUGUCAUCAUAGUUCAGGCACCUCGGUGCAAGCCGCUUCCUGAGAUGAACUGGUGGGAUUUUGGGCCCUUGUACCAGAUUGGAGAUGUUCAAGCAUUUGCAGGACCUUCUGGCCUUAAAGGUUUGGAGGCAAAGGUUGGUGCUUUGGGACAACUGAAGGUGAAGGGUAUGAUCGUAGGUCCUAUUCAUGUGUCCACUGCUGAUCAGUCUGAUGCCCUGAACUUGACUGAGAUUACCCCUUCUGUUGGCAGUCUGUCUGAUCUAGAGGCACUUAUUAGUGCAGCACACAAGAAGAGCAUCUCUGUGGUUUUGGAUCUGACCCCUAACUACAAAGGAACUGAGCUAUGGUUCUCCAACAAUUCGGUGGCAAGUGUGGCAGAAAAAGUCAAGGAUGCCACUGAUUACUGGUUAAAGAAAGGUGUUGAUGGUAUCCUGCUAUAUGGUGUUGAGCAGGUUGCCACUGGUGCACCAUUGAUUUGGGCUAGCAUAAGGGAGACUGUCAGUAAUCACACUGAAGAGGAGAAGAAAAAGGUCUUAAUUGGAGUUAUCGAGGAGAUGCAUCCUGAGAAGGUGAACAGGCUGUUGAAUCGCACUGCUGUGGAUUUGCUCUUUUCUGAUGUACUGAGAGACAAAUAUGGUGCAGAGAUUGGUCCAGUUGUGGAGACUCUCUAUUCUCAUAAUGGGGCCAAACUGGCUUGGAACUUGGAUAACCGUGUUCAGGGACACUUGACUAACUUGUCAGAUUCUGUGAAUAUCAAAAUGGCCCAGUUGCUGUUGCUUACUCUGCCUGGUACUCCAGUCUUCAACUAUGGUGAUGAAAUUGGACUAAAGGAUGAGAACACAUUCUCUCCAGCGAUGAUCUGGGACUUGUCAGACACAAAUGAGACUACAAAGACUGAGGUAGAACGGAGCAAAUCUCUGCGCACAUUCUUUGUGACUGUGAGUGACUUGAGAGGGAAGGAACGUUCCCUACUCCAUGGAGAUUAUGUGCCGCUGUACAGCACCUCUACUGCUCUCGCGUACUUGCGGGCGUGGGACCAGAGCGAACGCUACAUAGUUGCAUUCAACUGGUCUCCUACAGAACAAGUGACUCUAGAACUAAAACAUGAAAUGCUUCCCGAGAAAGCCAUGCUCGUUGUUAAUACUAGUGAGGAAAAAGUGGACCAUGAUCAUUUCAUGACCUUGGGCAAAUUAGAAUUGAAGCCACAGCAAGCUGUUUUGCUUAAAUUCCCUUAUGUUGCAUAAACAGCUAUUCUAUUUAGACUAAGAUGUGGUUAUUUGGUACUGUUACAUUUAAUGAAAUAUUGUCAGUGUACUAAAAAUGUGUAGAAGUGACAAGUAAAAUACAUUGUGUAUGCAUAUGUGCACAACAAAGCCCAAUAGGUCAAGACCAGUGGUUUUAUUCCCUACAUUUUAUUUUAUCCUUUAAAAAAACAUUCCAUGUUUCAGCCUAUUUAAAGGAUUUAGUGGUUGUAAUGUGAUUGUGAAAGAUGUUACUGAGUUAGAUAUAAUUUUGGCAAACUAAAAACCAUGUGCAAAAAUAGCAUUUAAAAUAAAAAACUGGAACCAUA